CUACAGGCAACGCAUUAGAGCCAGCACUGCGCACGCGCAGGAAACAUUCACGAGUUUUCACAUAAAAAGCUUUUCAUUAUCUCCAAAAACGUUGCGGUCAAGUGAGAGUGUGUCCGUCGUUGAGAGUUUGGCGUGUGAUUUGAUAUUUGAUUUCAAAGAACCAGCCAAGAUGACAUUAGAACAGCCAGCUGGUGAAAUGUGGCAGAAGAUUCGUGAAGAAUUGAACGAGAACCCGGACACCAGGGAACAGGACCUCGCCCACAUCAAGGAGUGGUUGAAGAAGGAGCCACAUCUGCCUGAUGAAUUUGAUGACCAGCGCAUCAUGACCUUCCUCCGUGGUUGCAAGUUUUCCCUGGAGAAAUGCAAGCGAAAACUGGACAUGUACUUUACAAUGCGGUCAGCUGUGCCGGAGUUCUUCAAUGACCGAGACGUCUCCCGUCCCGAGCUACAAGAAAUAACUAAGAUCGUUCAAAUGCCACCUUUACCUGGCCUGACGCCCGACGGUCGUCGUGUAGUCCUGAUGAGGGGAGUGGAAAAAGAUGUUCAAACACCGAAUGUCGCGAACGCUUUCAAGUUGGCGCUGAUGCUGGGUGACGUCAGGCUUAAGGAGGAAAAGGAAGGAGUAGCUGGGGAUAUCUACAUUCUGGAUGCCUCCGUGGCAACACCCAACCAUUUCGCAAAGUUCACACCGACAUUGGUGAAGAAAUUCCUCGUCUGUGUACAGGAAGCGUACCCGGUGAAACUAAAACAAGUGCACGUGAUCAACAUAUCACCUCUUGUUGAUAAAAUCGUUCAAUUCGUGAAGCCUUUCUUAAAAGAAAAGAUCAGGGAAAGGAUCUUCAUUCACAGUGACAUCAACGAUCUAUACAAGCACGUGCCACAGGAAAUGAUGCCCAGCGAAUACGGUGGCAAGGCAGGACCUAUGAACGAACUCCACAAUGCGUGGCUGAAGAAGUUGGAAGAAUAUAAAGACUGGUUCGCUGACCAGGAAAAAUAUAAGGCGGAUGAGGCUCUCAGGCCAGGGAAGCCCACCAACUACGACGAACUCUUCGGCAUUGACGGCUCCUUCCGUCAAUUAGUCAUAGAUUAAGAGAUAACUUUAAUAAGCACCCUUUCAAUGAUAAUUAUAAUACUCAAAUGACUUCCAAGCAAAAAACUAUCAAAAUCACGCUUCCUAUAAUUUUUCAUUUAAUCGUCGACCAAAGUAAAUCGCUCAUUUAUUAUUAUUUUUUGUUUUAUUAAUAAAUUUUAUAUAAUAAAUACAUUUAUAAAAUAUUA